AGAAAUAUCGUUGGUUUUAGCUUCUCUUUCGAAGCGCAGUAACUUUCAUAUAGUUAUCUUGUAAGAAAGGACCUCUUUAGCUGGAUUACAAAAACCGUUGUUGAGUCCUACUCACGGUCUAUACUCGAAUUUUGCAAGCUACUCUGGAUCAUCUGAAAGGGGUCUCAAAUACGAAAACCAUGCUGCUGUGUUGUUUCGUUCUGUUCAUCAUCCUAUGCCUUGCACAGAUAUGCCAAGCCUUUGAGCAGUGCCAUCGCUCCACAUAUUCAGAGUAUGGUCAUCAUCUUUCCAGUCACGUUGUUUUAACUCGAAAAACUUCGAGUAUUACUGAGUGUGUGAUGAUCUGUUCGAGGGAGUCUCGCUGCAAGAGUUUGAACUUCCAUUUAAAAGAUAAGUCAUGUGAUUGGAAUAAUGCAAACAAACAUACCCACCCAAGGGAUUAUGGUCCGAAGGAAGGAUCAGUCUAUAUGGACAAGGAUGAAGAAUUCAAAUCUUGCUCGGAAAUUCUUAAUAAGUGGCCCCAAGCGGAAAGCGGCUACUACUGGAUAAAUAUUGGGAGCAGAAACGCAGACGUCUACUGUGACAUGAAAAAUCAUGGCGGUGGAUGGACCUUAGUUGUGGGUAUCAGCUCAAAGAACAACGAUCACCUUCAAAGCGUACGCAAUAACUGCAUCAACGACUCGCUGUGUGUUUCCUUUACUGACCAGGAUCAGGGUAGAAAACUGAGCGACAGUGACAUACAUGAGUUAGCUAGGACAGAAGGAACCUUUAGGGUCGAUGUGCUGAAAAGUGAUGGCACCCUCUCGCAUACAGUAUUUUAUCAGAUACCCAGUGGACCAAACAAAUUCAACUCAGCAUGCCGCCGGGGAAAUUGUCCACGAAUUAUCAUAUCACAUUCCCAUCCCUAUCAUUGGGAGACUAACAACUGCACAAGCACUGCCGCGGGAUAUCGCAUUUCUCUCGGAUGUAACAGUGUUUUUGAUGGACACGAUAACCUUGAGUGCAAUAAUAGCGAAUGGUUCUCGUCCAAGUACGCUGACGAACGGGCACUAUAUGGCUACCCAUGCCAUGAGAUACCAGACCAUGACAGUCGUGGGAUAUAUAUAAACCGUAGAGGAAGGCUGUACGUCAAGUAAACAGUUCACAGAACAAAGAAUCUUUAAUGUAACAUUUAAAUUCAUUGUAAUUAACACGACCAUACUAGAAAUAAAUUAUUCCUCACUCAGAGCUCAGAAAGACUAAACCCCUUUUCUCAAAUCAUUACUUUAAAAACUCAAUCCCGAUUCUAGUAAACAACUUUUGCGGGACCGUCGAUUGAAGUUAAAAUUGGCAGAGUAAUGGUUUAUGUCCAGAAAAGAUGUGGUCCAACGAAGCCUUAAGCUUGUAAGAAGUAAAGUAAAUAAAUAACUAAACAGUUACCUCUUCUUAUUGUUUUUUCCUCAAGAUGCACUUCAUACGCAUGAACUUAAAAGGGUCUAUGGAUCAACCAAAAAGAUUUAUUUAUAAUAAUCAACACUUUUUAUAAUUACUUUCGGAUUUAAAUGUUGACUCCUUAAUCUAUUGGUGAUUUUAAUCAGUACACUAUCUGUUAAAAAAAUUACCCAAAAAAUAUCGGUCAAAAUGAUUUUAACUUCUAAUGAUUGAUGUCUUACUGAUCUCUUGAAGGAACAAAACGUUUAGCCUUGAACUUAUGAUUCCAACAGACAAAAAAGAUAUAAUAAAGGAAAAUGAAUCAAUGUAUCUACUAUAUGUAGCUAAUUAUAGGGGUGAAUAGAUGCAUCAUUCAAUAAAUAAGUGAAUCAGUUGAGGAAUGUAAAGUUCUAAAAGAUAAAUGACGAAAUGAUACGAUUGAUAGUUUGUUUACUUAUCCCAGGAGUGAUCAAUACUCAAUACCUGAGACAUACCAAGGGAAAUAUGACGAAUACAAAUAAUUUGA